AUGGCUGUCAAAGGCGCCGUUUCCUACUGGUGGCUCCCCAUCAUAGCAUGCGUCACUUGGACUGCCACCCUUUUGGGCAUGAUGCUCUGGUGGUUCGUCACUGUCCACCAAAAGGUCCUCGUCACCAUGGACGGUCCCAUGCCUCUCCCCUACAUGAGUGACAUUGGCGCCCUCUCCCUAAAGCCGCUCUUCAUCGCGGGGUCUACCGUCACCGUCGUCGCCUUCAGCCUAGCCUUUGCCGCUGAGCGGUGGCUCCGUCACCGUGGCCGGCUCGCCCUCAACGUCUCCAAGAACGAGAAGAUCCUCGCUGUCCUCGCCACCAUUUUUGCCAUCAUAGGCUCCGCCGGCCUCAUCCUCCUCACCGUUUUCGACACUUUGCGCCACCACACGCUGCACUACGCGUUUCUCGGAGUCUUUAUCGGAGGCUUCAUUAUUUCGGCCAUUUUUGUAUGCUGGGAGUAUCAACGUCUGGGUAGCAAAUACCCCGAGUACCCUCUCCUCCGCGUCUCGUUCUUCAUCAAGCUCGUCUUCAUCUUCAUCGAAGCCUCCCUCGUCAUCGCAUUCGGCGUCCUGACCUUGGUCGACGACCUGGUACACGCCGCCUACCUCGAAUGGACCAUCUCUUUCCUCUUCGGCUUCUACGCUCUCUCCUUCACCGUCGACCUGUGGCCCGCCCGCCGCACGAAGGAGCACAUCAAGCGAUUCACUCGACAUGGCCAGUACUCGUCGAGCGAGAUGGAGGAGGCAGUCGACAUGCCCGACGGCUCGUAUCCCCUCGGCACGCGAGCCAAUCAGACGACUGUCACCGCCGCUGGCGCCAACGGUAGCCAUACCCCUACAACGGCUAACUUUUGA